GCCUGGCGGGCAAACUAAGGCUGCGGACUCUUGGGCGGUUCCGCGGGGCGUAGUCCGGAGAGCUGCGGGGCCGGGGUGCCCAGGGUUCACGCCACACUCUAGGAGGUGCCUGAGCGAGUGAGCUGGCCAGCGAACUCCGCGGGCUGGGACCAUGGGCUGCUUCUUCUCCAAGAGACGGAAGGCUGACAAGGAGUCGCGGCCCGAGAACGAGGAGGAGCGGCCAAAGCAGUACAGCUGGGAUCAGCGCGAGAAGGUUGAUCCAAAAGACUACAUGUUCAGUGGACUGAAGGAUGAAACAGUAGGUCGCUUACCUGGGACAGUAGCAGGACAACAGUUUCUCAUUCAAGACUGUGAGAACUGUAACAUCUAUAUUUUUGAUCACUCUGCUACAAUUACCAUUGAUGACUGUACUAACUGCAUAAUUUUUCUGGGACCCGUGAAAGGCAGCGUGUUUUUCCGGAAUUGCAGAGAUUGCAAGUGCACAUUAGCCUGCCAACAAUUUCGUGUGCGAGAUUGUAGAAAGCUGGAAGUCUUUUUGUGUUGUGCCACUCAACCCAUCAUUGAGUCUUCCUCAAAUAUCAAAUUUGGCUGUUUUCAAUGGUACUAUCCUGAAUUAGCUUUCCAGUUCAAAGAUGCAGGGCUAAGUAUCUUCAACAAUACAUGGAGUAACAUUCAUGACUUUACACCUGUGUCAGGAGAACUCAACUGGAGCCUUCUUCCAGAAGAUGCUGUGGUUCAGGACUAUGUUCCUAUACCUACUACUGAAGAGCUCAAAGCUGUUCGUGUUUCCACAGAAGCCAAUAGAAGCAUUGUUCCAAUAUCCCGGGGUCAGAGACAGAAGAGCAGCGAUGAAUCAUGCUUAGUGGUUUUAUUUGCUGGUGAUUAUACUAUUGCAAAUGCCAGGAAGCUAAUUGAUGAGAUGGUUGGUAAAGGCUUUUUCCUAGUUCAGACAAAGGAAGUGUCCAUGAAAGCUGAGGAUGCUCAAAGGGUUUUUCGGGAAAAAGCACCUGACUUCCUUCCUCUUGUGAACAAAGGUCCUGUUAUUGCCUUGGAGUUUAAUGGAGAUGGUGCUGUAGAAGGAUGUCAACUUAUUGUAAACGAGAUAUUCAAUGGGACCAAGAUGUUUGUAUCAGAAAGCAAGGAGACGGCAUCUGGAGAUGUAGACAGCUUCUACAACUUUGCUGAUAUACAGAUGGGAAUAUGAAGUGCAAUGUGGAACCAGGACUUGGUAUUAAGCCUUUCCCAACUUGUGAAUAUAGAAUUUGAUAAUAUGCUUUUGUGUAUUAGCAAUGGUUUUUACUAAUGCUAAAACUGUUAAAGUUUAUUUUUUAAUAAAUUGUUGACUAUUACAUCAUUUACUUGAGGUUCAAAAAUAAUUCAUUUUAAAUUAAGUAGUUUUAAUCAGCUUAAAAGCUAUUUAACCCACUUUAAUAAGCUUGCAGUUUUGCUUCUCCACAUAUGAUAUUCUUAUUAGAAAAUAGAAGUAGCUAACAGUUUAUUAUUUUAAUCCUAUUUAAAUGUUCUUUCAAAUCUCUAAUAAUGUAAACUUUCCUCAGUGCUCCAUGAUACUUUUUUUUUAAGACUACAUUUCAUUGCUUAUUUUACCUUUUUCAAUUUAGAGGGAUUUGUUACUAGUUGAUGAAUUAGAAUGAACCUAUGCACAUUUUUAUGUACACAUAUCCAGUUAUAUAAUUGCUUCCUAGUUGCAUUAUAUGGCAAAUGAGAUUUUGUACAUAGAGUUGACAUGAGACUUUGUAAAUUGAAUUUUUUAAAGAAAUAGGCAUUUGAUAACCAGCUUGGCAAGUAACUCUACUAACAGAUGUUGGUAUAGCUAUUUAAAGACUACUUCGUAAGUAGUAUGAUUAUUUGAAUAAAUUCCACAUUGUUUAGUUUUUUAAUGCAACUGCUAUAUGACUCUUCUGCUUCCUGGUAAGAAAAGGUAUAUGCAAUACUAAAACUAUAGAAGCCCAAUCACCAGCAGUUUUUAAAAAGGUGAUAACUUGUAUUAGCUCUUGCGGGCUAUCAAGAGAAUUGUGACUUUUAGGUAAGAAAUAGGCAUGAUGAUAAGCUAUGCAGAUUAUUAAAAAGCUUGAUACAUUUAGUUUUUCAUUAGAUAUGCCAUUCAUAUCAAGUAAUGUUCAAGUAUGAUAAAAUUAUUUUGGUUGCUUUAAAGCACUGUUUCCCAAAUCUACCUGAUCAUAAUAAUUUACUAGGAAGCAGAGGAGAGCUACUUGUUUAAAAAUCCACAUUCUUGGACCCAGUCCUCAGAUGCACGGAUUCAGUCUUCAGGGGAAACUCUGUUUUAAGCGGUAUGUUGUAAUCUAAAGUAAUUGGUUCAGGAGGUGUCAAUAGGUUGAACUUGUGAGAAGGCACUGAAUCUGCCAUCCGCAUCACAUAUAGCAGCUAUUAUGAAAUCAGCUUUCAUAGGCCUAUUUUUAAAAGGAAUCUGAAAUUUAAUUCUAUUUUGAUAAAACAAAGACUGCAAAUAACCACUUAUAAACAUUCCUAUGAUUGUUACUAAAAUGUAUUUUCAUGUUUAAAAUGUUUUUGGAUAUUUUUGGGUUAAUAACUACUACAUUGAAUUGCAUGUUAAGGUGCAAAAAUAAUACAUUAAAAGAUUUUCACUUUAAAUUAAUUAGUAGUAUUGAGCGCUCACCCUGUGCGUGGCCUUGUGCUAACCAUUAGCACUGCAUCAUUUCAAUUCUUUUAUAAGGGCAUUCAAUACUACAAAAUCAAUAUGAUUUCAUAAGGUGCAAAUAAAAGUUGGUGACAGAUUUAAUAUAAUUUUGAUCACAAUUUACAAAUGAUCUUUGCAAAUAGUGGUCAGAGGGCAUUAGUUUUUCCCUUAGUUAAGCUAAAUUAAAGGGACUCCAUCCUGUUAUGAUUAUUAUUAUUAUUAUUUUGAGAUGGAGU